AUGUACUUUGAUGGGGCCAUGAAUAAGAGCGGAGCCGGUAUAGGGGUAGUUUUGGAAGCACCAAAUGGAGAACAAUUGUUAAUGUCAAAAAGGCUAUGUUUCCCAACCACUAAUAAUAUUACAGAAUAUGAGGCUUGCAUUUGUGGCCUGGAGGCAUUAAUAGCGGUUGGGGCUAAAAAAGUGGAGGUGUUCGGAGAUUCAAUGCUAGUGGUUUCCCAUGUUAAAGGUGAAUGGGAAUUGAAAGAAGAAAAGUUGAGGCAAUACCUGGAGUAUGCUAAGAAACUAUUAUUUAGCUUUGAGGAAGUGACAAUGAAGCACAUGCCUAGAGCUCAGAACCAGAUAGCUGAUGCUCUAGCCACGCUGGCAUCCUUAUGGGAGAAGGGUGAUCAGAAGCUGACCCAGCCAGUUAUCUUGAUGAGGAGUAGAAUCCCAUGCUAUGAAGGGUUAAUAAUAGCACAUUUAGAUCUAGAAGAUGAGAUGAAAUGGUAUGAGGACAUAAGAAGAUAUUUAGAGGUAAGAGAAUACCCACAGUCAGCCAAUAGUAGGGAUAGAGCUACAAUUCGUAGAUUAGCCACUCAGUUCACUUUGGCUGGGGGGCAACUCUACAAAAGGUUCUUCGAAGGACUAUUGCUCUUGUGUGUGAUAAAAAGCAGUCUGAGCAUAUAA